AUGGGUGACUGGAGUCUGCUGGGGAAUUUCCUAGAGGAAGUCCAGGAACACUCCACCUCAGUCGGGAAGGUGUGGCUCACCGUCCUCUUCAUCUUUCGCAUCCUGGUGCUGGGCACAGCAGCUGAGUCCUCCUGGGGGGACGAGCAGAGUGAUUUCCUGUGCGACACACAACAGCCCGGUUGCACCAACGUGUGUUAUGACAGUGCCUUCCCCAUUGCCCACAUCCGCUACUGGGUGCUGCAGAUUGUCUUUGUCUCCACACCAUCCCUGAUCUACAUGGGCCAUGCUAUGCACAUAGUACGCAGGGAGGAAAAGCUCCGGAGGAAAGAACAGGAGGAAAGGGAGGGGAGAGGGGAGGGUGGGGGAGACCUGGAGGGAGAGAAGGAGUAUCUGCAGCAGAAGGAGAGUGGAGGGGCGUUGAAACCUGAUGGGAGUGGCCGUGUUCGUCUGAAAGGUGCACUGCUGCAGACUUAUGUGCUGAGCAUUUUGAUCCGAACAGCAAUGGAAGUGACGUUCAUUGUGGUGCAGUACAUGAUUUAUGGGGUGUUCCUCAGGGCGUUGUACCUUUGCAAGGCAUGGCCCUGCCCCAACCCUGUCAACUGCUACAUGUCCCGCCCCACAGAGAAGAACGUCUUCAUCAUCUUCAUGCUGGUGGUGGCCGGUGUGUCUCUGCUGCUCUCUGUGUUGGAGCUCUACCACCUGGGCUGGAAGAGCAUGAGGAAGUGUGUACGCAAAAAGAGGGCACAGAGGAACAACCACAGAGCUGUGACAGUGGCCAUGUCUGCAGCCUUGGAGCCCAACAGCCCACCGCUGCCCUCCGCCUCCUGCACUCCCCCUCCAGACUUCAGCCAGUGCCUGGCAGCCCCAAGCUCCUUGAACCCCAUGACCUCUGUGGCCUCUCACCCCUUCAACAACAGGCUCGCGCUGCAGCAGAACUCAGCCAACUUGGCCACUGAGCGGCAUCACAGCGGUGACAACAUGGAGGAUGAGGAAGAUUUCCUGAGGAUGAGAUACGACCAGGCAGCUUCCGAGCUGCCCAACAGCUGCUCCCCAUCACCUCUGCUGCAUUCUGGCUUCAUGAAGGAUAAACGCCGCCUGAGCAAGACUAGUGGAAGCAGUAGCCGGGUUCGCCAAGAUGACCUGGCAGUUUAGGCUCACAACCA